UCAUGUUAAGGAAAUUAGCUUCCUUGUCUUUUUGUUAGCGAAACGGUCGUGCAGGAUGGCGACUUAAAUCAUUCAAUAAAACGAAUAAAAUACACCCAACUAACUUAGUUCCAUGGUUUCAGGCUUCAGGCGUGUCUGUGGAUUUAACACGAAUCCGCUGGAUGUAAAUUUUGAUUUCCUGGUGUCUCAGUGUGGAGGAGACCUGCGCUAGUGUGAUGAUGACUGCCGAGCUGCUGCUGUCGGACCUGGACAGUCGCUUCUGCGCUGAUAAUCUGCUAACCAGCGAGGACUGGGAUGCAUGCUUGUAUCAGUAUGAGGAUAUGGAGGAGGGUGAAGAGUCUCGUUUCAUCAGAGAACUGAAAUAUGACACAUCGUUGGACAGUGAUCUUGUUCUUACUCUGGACCCUGAUAACCCCACCUCACCCUGGAAAAACCUGGACAACAACCUCACAGGUAUGAACUUGAAAUUAUGUUGAUCAGGCUCUUUUACAUCAAACCUGACUAGUUUGCGGCUGCAUGUGAGCAAUAAGUGGUGCUUUUAAAGAUGCACGAAACGCAGCUCCAGACACAUGAUGAUGGCACAUUUCAACUCGACUGUUUUGAUUGAAAGUAAUCCUCUUUCAAAAUCCUCCUGUGUGUUAAUGAGUUCAGUCAGUCAUGAGCUGGAUGUUUUUAAGAUGUGGAUUGUGAAGAGGAUAUAUUGGCUGUUCAUUCCAUCGGACUCUGACCUGCAAACAUUCUUGUUUGAUGAUGAAAAAUUGCUUGUUUAAUGAGUAACAGCUGCCUGAUACUUCUAGUGAUGGGCCAGUAGUCGAUGAUGGGCAGCUAUCCAUCAAUUGCAUUACUCGCCCAUCGUUGUUUUCCCUUUCUAUAUAAAUAAAAUACUAGAGAUGCACCGAUUGCAAUUUUCUUUGCAGAUUCCAAUUUUUGAUUUUAUUACAAGUGAAACCUGCCGAUUCCGAUUUUUGCCAUUCUGAUUUUCUGUCCACAAACUAUAAUUGACAGUAUACUGUAUAUACAGUAAAACCAUAUUAACUUUUCUUCAAUACAAAUUUUUUUUAUUUUCAUUGAAUAAAUGAUUGAAAAUGACAAUUUCCCCAAAUUUCCCUAAAUGCAGUUCUCCAAGCUGCAUUAAAUUACAGAAUCUUCUCUUUCCCAAAGAACUCUUAAAUUGAAGAACUCUGUGACUGAAAAGAAGUACAAAUAAUAAAAUAUAACCAAACAUGUCACUUAAUUUACC